CUGGCCUCCUCAGGGUGUUCCCUCCUGGGUCAGAUCACAUGGAUCCCAGGAGCCAGAAGAGUCCAAAGUCUGGGAAGGCUCAGAGAAGCAGAAAACAGCCUCGGGUCCCUGGGACUGUGUGUAAUGGAAGGCUGGCAUCUUCCCAUUGUUCUGCUCUGUCUCCUGUUCUGCGAGGUUUCCCUUGCUGUGUAUAAGCAGUGGAUUCCAAGCACCAAUUUUGAAGAUGCUUCCAACUGGGACAAAAACCGAACUCCAAGUGAGACCGACAUUGUCAUGUUUGACAGCAAUAAGAUGGUUUCUGUGUUCAUCGGGAGCACUCAUGUUCUUACAGGCGCACACCUCCCUCUGGAUGGAGAGUUUAUCUUGGCUCCUGGUGCCGGUUUUGCUGCAUUUGAUGGUGCCUCUGAUCCCAGUUCAGAUUCAGAUCACAACAUCCACUUCCUAAAUGCUGAUCGGUACAGCUGGUAUGACCCCUCCUUGUGGCGUACAAUCCAAGAAGACAAUGACCACCUAUUUUCUGUGGAUACUGAACUUAUCCCCUGUCGCCAGGAUGAUGUCAUCUUCCCACCAGAAACCUCCUUCCGUGUGGACUUGGGGGCUGGUGGCCGGACCAUCAGCCUCCACAGUAUAUCCAUCCUGGGCCAGAAAUUCAACACGGAUCAGGAGCUGGCCACCUAUCUGACCAGCAGCACUGGGAAGUUACAGUUCCAUGGAACUGGUUCUUUGAAGUUGACUCCUGAUUCCUGUGAAGAUCCUUCGGGUUGUAAAUGUGGUAAUGAUGAGGUCGAGUCCUGGAUCUGUGCCUCUCUGCUCCAGAACUCUGGUGGUCGCUGUCCCAAACCUGCUUGUCAAGGAGCCCUGAAGCCUGUGGGUCAGUGCUGUGAGAUCUGUGGAGCUAUGCUCUUCUUCAACUACACCCAGGCCUUUGAUCUCCAACAGUACAAGCAGAGGCUGCUCCAUACCUUCCUGGACCUGCCCCAGGCUUCGGGAGUGCGCAUGGCCAUCUCAAAAGUAUACAGGGCAAACACAGUGCCAGGGUCGGUGCACGCAGCUCGUGGGAAACGACAGGCCGGGACCUUGCCCCAGAUCCAGGUGGUGCUGACAGAUGAUGGAGCCGGACCCGAGGCAGGAAGGGCAGCUAUACAUGUGGCCCACGCCAUCCUCACUGAUGUGGCCGAGCAAGGAGCAGACUUUGGGAUCCUGCAAGGCAACAUGGAAUAUUCAAGCAGCAGCGGCUCCACAGCUGGGCUCACAGGAGAAAGACCAACCUCAGGGCUGGUGACUGGCAUGGCUAUUGCCUUGGUCUUGGGGCUGAUGGCACUGCUGGGGGGUCUUCUGCUUCUUCACCGGACUGGACGAGUCAGGCUGUGGCCCCUGGCAAUCCCCACACUGUGGCACAGAUCAGAAUCUGCAUCAAACCAAGGGAACCUAGGCUUCGAGAACCCCAUUUUUGACAGUCCAGUUCCCAUCUCCGGCCUGAAUCCUGGCCCUGACGUGGAAGUGGUUUUGGAAGAUGCCUCUUCUCCAACGAGCCCCAACAGGAAUAGUGGCAGCUAUUUCACUAACCCCUUGUUUGAAACAGACAUCUAAGGCCCUCCUGUUCUUCAUUCUUGCCUCGCUCUGAUAUUAGUUCAGGAUGUCCAGAGGAGAAACUAGAAUGGCAAAGUGUGACCCAUCUUCCACCCAGAGAGAGGAGGCUGAAGGUUCCCUGCAGACAGACAGUGGGAGGGCAGGACUAGCCUUGCCAUCACCUAAGAGCUAGAAAAAGAAGAGCUGGUCUUUUUCAAUAAAAGUUAUCUGACUAGCAAAAGUUUUGAUAUUUUCUGAAUAUUAAGGAGGAAUAGCUGGAGAGCUAAUUUGCUUCCCUCUGAUUCUCUUCUGCUGAAGGAGUGGUCAUGAAAAUAAUACCAGAACUUUAUUUAGUAGAAAAGUCAUGAUAUCCCUAGAGAGUGGGUUGCUUCUGGCAACUCAGAUUGUGUAUUGGAGAAAACAUCAGAUUCAGUCAGAAAGACAGACCUUGGUUCAAAUCUUAUUUUGGAUACUUAACUAGCUGUGAUCUUGGACAGGGCACUUAACUAUGUUUAUUUCCAUUUUUUUUUUUCCCAUCUUAAUGGAUGGGGGAGUUGUUUCAGAACCUUUGAAGCUCAUUCCGGUUCUUGAUUUAUGAUCUUAUGAUCUGGGGCACAGUGGAUAGGAUUCUGGAUCUGAAAUCAAGAAGACAUCUUCCUGAGU